GAGCCCAUGUACUAUUUCCUCUGCAUGCUGGCUGUCACCGACCUGGUCCUGUCUACAUCCACCCUGCCAAAAACCCUGAGCAUCUUCUGGUUCAAUUCCAAGGAGAUCGAUUUUAGUUCCUGCCUCACCCAGAUGUACUUCAUGCACUGCUUUUUAGUGAUUGAGUCUGGGAUCUUCGUGGCCAUGGCGUUGGAUCGCUAUGUGGCCAUCUGCCAUCCCCUGCGACAUUCCACCAUCCUCACAAACCCUGUGGUGGCCAAAAUCGGCCUGGCUGUGGUGAUACGCAGCAGCAUUCUCGUACUGCCCACACCCUUCCUAGCAAGAUGGUGGCCAUAUUGCCUAACUAACAUCAUCCCCCACACACACUGCGAGUACAUUGCCGUGGUGAAGCUGGCCUGUGGUGACAUCCGCAUCAGUAGUUACUACGGCCUCUUUGUGGCUUUCUUUGUGACUGGUCUGGAUGUGUUUUUUAUAUCUGUGUCCUAUACUCAGAUCCUCAGAGCUAUCUUCAGGCUCCCCACAAAGGACGCCCAACUUAAGACUUUUGGGACCUGCGGCUCCCACCUCUUUGCCAUCUUAGCUUUUUACAUCCCCGCUCUCUUCUCCUUCCUCACACAUCGCUUUGGCCAGAACGUGGCCCAGCAUUUCCGCAUUCUCAUUGCCAACGUGUACCUCCUGGUGCCCCCCAUGCUGAACCCCAUCAUCUACGGGGUGAAGACGAGACAGAUUCGGGAUCGGUUGCUCCAACUCUUGAGUCAUAAAGGGACCUAA